CCUUGUUCAUGGAUUGGAACCUCUUCCUCUACACAGCGCCGCUCUGGAUAUUCGUGUGGUUAUUUCGACGGCGCCUCGGGCUGGCAAGACAGGAAUCUCUACCCCCAGGACCAUCUGGGGAUCCUAUCAUAGGUCACCUUCGGAUCAUUCCCCCUGUGGGUCAGCCAGAAGCGUUUCACGAAUGGGCCAAGUCGUAUGGCGACGUGAUGUAUCUGGAAGUCUUGGGCCGUAAGAUGGUCAUCCUCGAUAGCAUGGAGGCGGCGAACGACUUGCUUGAUAAGAGAAGUGCGAAUUACAGCUGCCGGCCCAACUUUGUUAUCUACAACCUAAUGGGCUGGGAUCGAGUCCUGUCGCUGAUGCCGUACGGAAAACGGUUCCACCGCCACCGAAAGUUGUUUCAGACGCAUUUUGGACGGCAGGAAUGCAGAGAGUAUUUGGGCAUGCAACAGCAGGAAGCGAUCGUUUUGGUGAAAGGGCUCAUGGACAGACCUGGUGACUAUGAUGCGAUUGUCGGCAGGUUUUCGGCUGUGAUUAUAUUGAAAAUCGCUUAUGGUUACCGAAUGUGGGGUGAAGACGAUCCGUUGAUGAAACUGAUCGUCGAAAUGACGGAGGCUCUGAACAACUCUGGACCGCCGACGAGUACGCCUCCUGAAUUUUUCCCUUGGUUGUCCAACUUUCCUUCCUGGUUUCCUGGGGCGUAUUAUGCUGGAUACGCACGGAAGAACAGGGCGAUUGUUGAGAGGUCCGUUGAUUACCCUUUUGACAUCGUGAGGAGGCAGAUGGCGGAUGGGACGGCGAGUCCGUCUUUUGCUGCGGCGUAUCUGAACGACUUGGGGUCUGUAGAGGACGAAGAGGAUUACCUUAAGGAUGUGAAGGGUGCGGCGGCGCAGAUAUAUACUGCAGGUGCGGAUACCUCGUGGGCAACACUUCUCGUUUUCUUGGUCGCUAUGGUGCUGCAUCCUGAAGUGCAGGAAAAGGCACAAGCAGAGAUCGAUGCUGUCGUCGGGUCGGACCGUCUCCCGACUUUUGAAGAUCGGGCUUCGCUUCCGUACAUUGAUCAUGUCCUGCAAGAGACGAUGAGAUGGAAUCCGGUGCUCCCGAUGGGAUUGCCGCAUCGCUCGAUGGAAGACGACGUUUAUCGAGGCAUGUUUAUCCCAAAGGGAUCCGUGGUUUUCGCUAAUGUUCGGGGAAUGGGGCUUGACGAAAACGUCUACGACCAGGCUACGACGUUCAAUCCUGAUCGAUAUCUUCCGAAGCCGCAGGGAAAGGGAGAGCCUUAUCUCGCGGCGUUCGGGUUUGGAAGAAGGAUAUGCCCGGGUCGAUAUCUGGCCGAGAACGGCAUGUGGAUCGCAAUUGCCUGCAUUCUUGCGACUUGCAAGAUCACGAAAGCGAAAGAUGAGAAUGGGGAGGAGAUUAACCCCGCGGUGGAGUUCUCCAAUGGUAUUGUCAAGUAAGUGUUCCUUAUUUACUUUUCUGUGCUAACUGAUAAUGGGCGUAGUCAUCUGAAGCCUAUACAGUUCAAUCUUGUC